AUGGCUGGGUCCGGGCAUGACCAGUCUACUGACAUUUUCUCUGCCGAUGGUCGGGUGUUUCAGGUGGAAUAUGCUUGUAAAGCCGUUGAUAAUAGCAGUACCGCUGUUGCUGCCUGUUGCAAGGAUGGUGUCGUGGUUGCCGUGGAGAAAAUUCUCACCAGCCGAAUGCUGGAGGAGCGAUCCAAUGAUCGUAUUCAUGCUGUAGAUCGUCAAGCUGGUAUCUGUAUAUGUGGAAUGAUUCCAGACGGCCGUGCUGUUGUAGCGCGGGCUCGCGCAGAAGCAGAAAACAGUCGUGAAGUGUUUGCUGUGCCGAUCCUUGGUUCCGUGCUCGCUUCCAGAAUUGGAGAAUUUAUGCACGUCUACACUACACACUACGCGUUUCGUCCUUUUGGUUGCACUGUCAUUAUUGCAUCAUACGCCGAUGAUGGUCCUCAACUUUUUGUAUCUGACCCGAGUGGAACAGUGGCUGGCUAUUACGGUAUAGCUUUGGGGAAGGGUAAGACUGUGGCAAAGACGGAACUGGAAAAGAUGGAUUUUUCAACUUUGACCUGUGAGGAAGCCGUGGUAAAGCUUACCAAUAUCCUUCAUGAUGUUCACGACAAAUCUAAGGAUAAGUUGUACGAAGUGGAAGUUGCGUGGGUGUGCGACAAAUCCGACCGCGUGUUUCAGCAUGUUCCAAGCGAUAUGAUACCAAAACCUCCAGCAACGCAAUAG